GACAUUGAGAUGUGCUUAAGGACGAGCGCAUGGCCCCCUGAACUACCCUUGAUAGGUAGGUAGGUAUGGUUCUUCUCUGAGUCUGAAGCGCGCUGGCGAUUAUUCUGAAGGGCACAGCUCUCUGCAAGAGGGGCAUUCAAGCUCUGCUUCUUGAACCAUGGCUCCCACCCUUGCGCUUGCCACAAUGAGCGCACUCCCGUGCAACAAUUGCACACUUUUUCCUGGGCGUAGUUUGUCCAAAGAGCAGGAUACAACCACAUCUGUGAUGUCCCCCACACGCAGAGCUUUCGCAUGUGGUCUUCGUGAUGAUAGAUUGCAGUCAUCUUUGCAGCAGCAUUGUUUGAGUGCGCCUCUCAUUCUUCCCAGUAAUCUGCUCAUGAAUGUAGGGAGCAGUAGGAAAAAGCUGGGGAGGACUGUGCUUUGCCAGGCAGGAAACAGUGGUGUAUCAGCAGAUGAUUACUACGGGCUCCUAGGAGUGAGCACAAGAGUGGACAAGGCGGAAUUGAAACGUGCGUACCGGAAACUAGCCCUGGUGUUUCAUCCGGAUGUGAAUAAGGAUGAUGGGGCUCAAGAGAAUUUUGUGGCUCUCAGCAACGCUUAUGAGGUUCUGGUCGAUGACAAGCAGCGGAAGCUGUAUGACCAGUACGGUGUGGAAGGUCUCAAGCGCCAGCCGAAUAAAAGCAGUGGCUCCGCCUGGGAGGUUUGGGACGAGUUCAAACCCAUGAAAAAGAAGAAGUCGCGGAAGCAGACCGCCCGAGAUGUGGCCGCCGGGGCAUCCACAAGCGGCGGUGACGGGGAUACGGGGGACGACGGCCCAACGUUUGCACAGAAUGGGGACGUGGUCGAGUUCCCGCUGUCGACGGCUGCACGAGAGCGUAUGAAUGAUGGCCGGGAGAAGGGCGUUGGUUUCAUCGUGGGGCGGAACAUCGAUCGAGGGGACAAGCAUAAACUGAGCCCCGAGAACCUGACCCUGUGCGAGGUGGAGGUGCUGUGGCAAGAAGACGGGGACGACCGGUGGACGGUGGACCCAAUGGAGAGCUCCGCGUUUGCCGACCUUCUCGAACUGCGCGUGCUGCGGUCGGAGUUUGACCGGCUGUCGGACUCUUGGAAGAUCCUCGACGAGUUGUCACCGGGUUGCGGUUCUCCACAAUAUGCGGAAGAGGUGAUACUAUAGGGGAAGGCCGUCCUCUGUUAGGAUAUCGGUAUGCCUGAAAAGGUCACGAAUUGGUUACGACUACACGUUGAUAAGUAGUGGGAUCGUAUUUUGGCUGGGGCAUAGAGUGUGUUCUUUGAUAGUAAAAGCUCGCGCAAAGAUCGUACAAUGACCCUGUCGUGUUACUUCAUCUUUCGACGCAAUGUUUGGCGAACAGUGUACCAUAUAUGACGUAAGGUCCUCAAAUUGUUCAAUACCAU